AGAAGCUCGGGGACGUGAAGAUUUACGAGGGCGGUAUGGACCUCCUCGUCCAAAGUGCCUUUAUGCUCAUGGAGAGCCAUAAAAGGCAGUACCGGGAGAUAGCUCGUUUGAAGGAGCUGGAGCAGAAGGCUGCCUCGGCCGACGAGGCGGUAGCUUGCCUGGAUCGACUCCGGGAGGAUGCCAAGGCUUUGCAGCAAAGGGCCGAUGAAGCCGCUGCAGCCAGGGACGAUGCCCUGGCCAAGCUCGAGGAGAGCAAAAGGGAGCUUGAGGCCGAGCGGCGCAAGAAUGAAGAAGCCGUGAAGGCGAAAGUUGAGGCCGAGGCCGCCGCUGUGAGGGCUGCCGAUGAGGCCGUUGAGAAGUUCCUGGCCGAGGGUUGGAAGGCCGAUGAGAGGCUUCCCUGGUGCUACGAGGUGGUGGCCGCCAGGCUUGAGAGUUGGGGGAUGAACUCCCCCGCCGGCCAGGAGUAUUUCAGCAGAGAGAUGGCCGUGUAUUAUAACAUGGGCCAGGAGCGGAUGCAAAGGCUCCUGUGUCGGCGGCUAUCUCGUGCUUUGAAGGCCAUGAAUUACACGUCUGGG